AUGGCUUAUUGGAAGAUUCGUACGCAGCUUCUUCUUCUUCCUAUCUCAGGAACUGGGUUUCCAUCCCUAAGAGGGCUUCGGGGACAGAACUCUCGUUAUCUCCGAGAUGUUUCCCGGUGGGCAAAUGACAAAGAUGCAGAAAUGUUACGUAUUGGCUAUGUCAAGCCUGAAGUAGUUAGUUGGUCCCCUCGUAUUAUUGUGCUUCAUAACUUUCUAAGCUCCGAGGAAUGUGAAUACCUAAAAGCAAUCGCGCGGCCUCGGCUUCAGAUUUCCACGGUUGUUGACGUAAAAACCGGAAAGGGAGUUAAAAGUGAUGUGAGGACAAGCUCGGGAAUGUUUCUAACUCACGUAGAAAGAAGUUACCCAAUGAUACAGGCAAUUGAAAAGCGAAUCUCAGUCUUUUCUCAAGUACCGGCAGAAAAUGGGGAACUCAUUCAAGUCCUAAGAUACGAGCCGAAACAGUUUUACAAACCGCAUCACGAUUACUUUUCUGACACUUUCAAUUUGAAGCGUGGUGGUCAGCGCGUAGCAACGAUGCUAAUGUAUUUAACAGAUGACGUCGAAGGAGGAGAAACUUAUUUCCCUUUGGCUGGUGAUGAUAGUGAAUGCACGUGUGGUGGCAAAAUCAUGAAAGGCAUCUCUGUGAAACCCAUCAAAGGAGACGCAGUUCUCUUCUGGAGCAUGGGACUCGAUGGACAGUCAGAUCCGAGGAGCAUACAUGGGGGAUGUGAGGUUCUGUCUGGUGAGAAAUGGUCGGCUACUAAAUGGAUGAGGCAAAAAGCUACUUCUUGA